AUUCGGCCCACCGUUAUUAUGAUUUGUGAGCCCAUUAAUUCAAAACAAGAACCGAGAGCGCAGGAGUUGCACUUGCACUAGUAUCAUCAAUUUGGGAAUUUUCGUGAUUCGGUGCGGAAGAAGAAUCAUGGAGUGUGUGGUUCAAGGAAUUAUAGAGACACAGCAUGUUGAAGCCCUUGAGAUCCUUCUUCAAGGUCUUUGUGGUGUUCACAGAAAGAGUUUGAAGAUCCAUGAAUUGUGCCUCAAAAGUGGCCCCAACCUUGGUACUUCACCUUCCGAGGUUCGACUUUUAUGUGAUCUAGAGCAGUCUGAGCCUGCAUGGAGAGUGAGGCAUGUCGGUGGUGCAAUGAGGGGUGCUGGGGCUGAACAAAUCUCAGUUAAUGUGAGAACUAUGGUAGAAAGCAAAGUUAGCAACAAUGUGCUCCGCUUAUUCUACGCCCUUGGCUACAAGUUAGACCAUGAGCAACUAAGAGUUGGAUUUUCUUUCAAUUUUCAAAGAGGUGCUCAAAUGACAGUUACUGUCUCUUCGGUCAAUAAAAUGCUAAGAUUGCAUGCUACUGAUGAAGCUGUACCUAUUACACCGGGAAUACAGCUGGUUGAAGUUACGGCACCUGCAACCUCUGAGAACUACAGUAAAGUGGCUGCUGCAAUGUCAUCAUUCUGCGAAUAUCUUGCUCCGCUGCUUCAUUUGUCCAAACCGGGUGUUUCAACUGGGGUUGUUCCAACUGCUGCGGCUGCAGCUGCAUCCCUCAUGUCAGAUGGUGGAGGUACAACAUUGUAAGAGGGUUGUGAAGGGCCUUGAACAUUCCAUUAAAGCAAGAUUUUCAAGGUUACCUAUCUGUAAUGUGAGCAGAAUUGUGCUAGUUGACCAAGUCCAGUAGUUUGAUAGUGAAUCUGUAUCCUGGUUAUGUUAUUCCGACUCUUCUAUUUAGGUUGCCGUACCCGUGUCGAACACUUGGACACUUCGACACUCCGAUAGGACACUAAUUUUGUGUCGGAUCCUUUGAUUAAAAUGUCGUCUAAUUUGUAAAAUCCCCUAUAGAUAGACAGCUAAUUUGUAAAAUCCUCUACAGAAUCGAGUUCUAUUGUUACUUUUUGUUCA